CCCCUCGGUUUAGAAUUCCUAAUUUUUCUAUCGAACUCCUCCCCUCAUUUCUGUACUUAGUCUACAUGUCCACACCUAAUUCUGCUGAUCAUUGGCAGUCCAAGCUUACUCCUCAGGAAAAGCAAGUUUAUGCCGACUUGUUUAAAAAAGUCGAUGCCGAUGACAAAGGCAUCGUUCUCAAAGACGAAGCAAUGGCUUUCUUCAAGAAAUCCAACGUCCCAAUGAACAUCUUGUCAGAGUUCUGGACGGCCGCCGACAAUGACAAUAAAGGGUUCCUGACCGACCAGGAAUUUGCAGUGGCACUCAAGCUGAUUGCUUGUGCACAACAUGGCAUCUUGACCGCUUCACCUAUUCUAUCGACAACGGUUUCUCUACCUUAUUUCGAUGGUACCACACCCGCCCCGUCAUCUGUUUCGACCCCGCGCUUCAACAACAGAGCACCCACCAGUCCCAUGACUAGCAACGCUGGUGAAACCAUUUCACCAGAAGAUAGAAACAAGUACAUCAGCUUUUUCCACACGGCUAACCCGGUAGAGGGUGUCUUGACAGCGGACAAGGCAAGACAAAUGUUUCUUCGAUCGGGAUUACCUCUGUCCACCUUGGAAAAUGUGUGGGACUUGGCUGAUACGCGAAAAUCAGGGACUUUAAAUCAGACUGAGUUCAUUAUUGCCAUGCAUUACAUCGGUCAGAUACUGAAAGGCAAUAUUACUUCUCUUCCAUCUUCUCUUCCAAGUCACAUCUAUGCUGCAGCCACAGGACGCAUGACCACAGGAUAUGUUAAACCGCAAUACACAGGGACUUCGCCCCUAAUGUCGCAUGCCACAGGCGGUGGGCUCGGUCGUCAACCUUCUUCGCUCUUUACCGGUGAACAGUCGCAUAAUGCAGACAGAGGCGUGCUCGACAUCUCGCCUGAAGAAUUAUCCACAUACAAAGGUUACUUUGCACGCAUUGCUACCGACAAUAGCGGAUACAUCUCAGGAGCGGAUGCGGUCCAGUUUUUCCGACACUCCAAACUUCCUGAAUCAGAUCUUGCCCGUAUUUGGGAUUUAGCGGAUACCAAUUCCACAGGACGAUUAAAUGAAAACGAAUUUGCCAUUGCAAUGCAUCUGAUCAAUCGACGCAUCGCCGGUGGCCAAAUUCCCAAUGCCUUACCGAGACCACCCGGUUUCCAACAACAGCAACCGUCGUCCUUGGCAGCGAUUGAUCUGUUAGGAUUGUCAGAUAAUCAGGCUGCCGAAUCCAACAGCACACCUCAGUGGAAAGAUGCAGGGAAAUCGGAUCUGAAUCAUGAGAGAUCGCUGCUGGAGAACACUUUCGCUACUUUGCAGAGUGAAGUGCAGAGCGAAAGUCAGCGUGUGACUUCGCUACGUUCACAGCAUGAUGCGGAGGCCGAGACCGUGCGUGAGUUGCAAGAAAAAAUUGAUCAAGAAAAAGAAAAGUUGGCCCAAUGGAAACGGUCGGCGGAGAAGGCCGAGCAAGAAUUGGAAACACAAAAGAAGAAGAAAGAGGAAUUGUUGCGAUCACUACAAACGUACCGUGCCGAAACUAAAUUCCAAAAGGAACGAGCUGAACUGGCGGAAAAGGAACUGGAAGCCUUGAAAGCGGAAAAUGCAUCUUUGAAAAAAGACUCGACCAGUCAUGAUGCGGGCUCGGAUUUAUUUGCAUUAUCAGCGGUGCCCGAUACAGGCAUGUUUGGAAAAGUGCACGAGGAGAAAGACGAAGGUGGGUUCCCGCCGUUCAGUCCUAGCUCGUCAUCGGCUGCCGGUCGACCCAUGUCCCCGAGCAGUACCACCAGCAGUAAAGUCUCGUCGAAUCACAAGAACUAUGACCCAUUUGCCGGAUUCAAGACCUCGCGGCCGUCUUCUCCCAAAGUAUCAUUAAAUCACUUGAAGCAGGAAUCCGAAGCCAAACAGAAACGAAUGUCUGGAUCCAACGUUGAUAUCAGCGAAAUUGAAGCCAAGUUUCCCGAUCUCAGUACCAUGGAAGAAUCAUUCACACCCACAACCCCGGUGAAAACGUCCAAAGACUUGCCUUCCGCUUCCUCUUCACCUUCCUUUGCAAAGGCAUCCGUCACAAGUCCAUUCGCCAAACAUGCAAAUCCUGUCUCCUCCCCCAAGCCUGCCUUUUCCGCCACGCCCACUGUGUCUUCCACCUCCCCUGUCACCACCAAACCUACCAGCACCACGGCCCGGUCCAAAUAUGGAUUUGACUUGUCUGCAUUUGAAGGACCUUCUUCCUCGCCAAAUCCCAGUACAUCUUCCUAUUCGAUCAAGGACGAAUUAAGUUCCAUUUUUGGUAGUCCCUCUGAAGAACCCAAGCCUUCCACAGAGAAACCCAACUUUAACGACGUGUUCAAUCUCAGUACACCAUCACAGACACCAUCACAGACGCAAGAAAAUCAACCUAAGAAAAACACCUCAUUUGAUGACAUCUUUUUUUAAAUUAAAAUAUUUGAGAAAACCCACAACAAGAAUCAUAACUCGCCGUCGCUUUGCACCCCGAUAAUGGAUCCUAAAUUUUCACCACAUCAUGAAUGAAUAGGUAGCUGUAGGUACCUUGCUGCAUUCAUUAGUGCUGUUCGUUAUCCCAUUCAUUUAAUUCAUAAUAUGUUGUGCCGAACAUGAUUCAAAAACGGAGCUACAUUUCUUGCAGAUAAAGCCUUUCAUAUUACAUCGA